AUGCUCGCGGCAGGGGAGACAGCGGCCUCCGAGCUGCUGAUGAUGGUGCUGGACUGGAGUCUGACGCGCCCGACGCCCGCGCACUGGAUAGUUCUGUUCUGCGUGGCUAUUGCGCGCUACCACGAGGAUGAGGAGGAGGUGACCGAGUUCCUGCCCGUGCUGGAGCUCCUGGCUACCAAGAACCCGGCACCGAUGGUGGACAUCCUACGUGACUUGCUGGACGAGUGCGUGGCAAACGACGAAGUGUCGGUUGGGCCAGGACUAUCAGCGUUGAACGUGGUGUCUCGACUUGUGGCUCUGGCGCGGCUCGACGGUGCUUUUGCUGUUAAAUCUGAGGGAGUCAGAGUUGUUGCCACAGGUUGCAGCUUCCGAGGUCUCAUUCCAGAAGAGGUUCUUGAAUUUGCUGGAUCUGAGUGUCUUCGUUCUUUAAUUAAUGAUGAUUGCGUUCCGAGUGCUGGCGCUCGACGGAGGCGUUGCGCACUAUCUGUCGUCAUGUUCGCAUCCGUGUGGUUGGAUGCUCCACUGAGCACGACGUCUGCAACAAACAUCCCGACACAUUUCCCGAACGGAGUAAACUUUGCCGACAUGGACAAGGACGGCGAUCAACUGGACGAGCGGCAGGUCAUUAUGAACCGGGCGCCUCCACCAAGACCGUAG